UUGUGUGCAUGUGUCAGCUGCUGCCAUCUGUCGAGCUGACGUGGCGUGAGGCGAGAUGACUGAGUGUAAACAUUCCUGAACUAACGCCGAUAUUUCAGCCAUACAGGACAAAAUGAUAUCGUGGAGGACUUUAAUAUUCACCUGCAACUUACUGUUCGUGGUGGUAGGGGACGAGCACACACACACGUAUAAGGACUUGGAAGAGGUAGUACUAUGGAUGAACACAGUAGGUCCCUACCACAACCGACAAGAAACCUACUCCUAUUUCUCUCUGCCAUUCUGUGUUGGUCCCAAAGAGAAGAUAUCCCAUUAUCAUGAAACCCUAGGUGAAGCUCUGCAAGGGGUUGAGCUUGAAUUUUCUGGACUUGACAUAGACUUCAAAACCGAUGUUUCAAAGACUCCGUACUGUGAAGUAGAGUUGAAUGAGGUUCGGUUAAAAACAUUUGUAUAUGCAGUGAAGAACCACUACUGGUAUCAGAUGUACAUUGAUGAUCUUCCUAUUUGGGGUAUCGUUGGGGAAAUUGACGAGGCCAAUGACAUAUUCUACAUUUGGACUCACAAGAAAUUUGACCUUGGUUACAAUGGAAAUCAAAUUGUGGAUGUUAACCUUACCUCUGAAGCAAGGCAGAAACUUGAGCUGGGAGCAAAAAUCAAAUUUACAUAUGAGGCCAACUGGAAAAAGUCCAGUAUCAAAUUUGAGGAUAGGUUUGACAAAUAUUUAGACCCAAACUUCUUUCAGCACCGGAUCCAUUGGUUUAGUAUCUUCAACUCAUUCAUGAUGGUGAUUUUCCUUGUGGGUUUAGUGUCCAUGAUUUUAAUGAGAACCCUGCGCAAGGAUUAUGCACGUUAUUCUAAAGAUGAAGAAAUGGAUGACAUGGAACGUGAUCUGGGAGAUGAAUACGGAUGGAAGCAAGUUCAUGGCGAUGUGUUUCGACCUCCAUCCCAACCAAUGCUGUUUUCUGCACUGAUUGGGUCUGGCUACCAGAUGCUCACUGUCACCUUCCUCGUCAUUCUCUUAGCAAUUGUUGGAGAAUUGUACACAGAGCGUGGAUCAAUGGUGAGCAUCGCGAUCUUCAUUUAUGCUGCCACUUCACCUGUCAAUGGUUACUUUGGAGGUUCUUUGUAUGCAAGAAUGGGAGGAAAGGUUUGGAUUCGACAAAUGAUGUUAUCUGCAUUACUUCUACCUACGCUGGUUUGCGGCACAGCAUUCUUCAUCAAUUUCAUAGCAAUUUAUUACCAUGCUUCCAGAGCUAUUGCCUUCACUAUCAUGCUAGCUGUGAUCUGUAUCUGCACGUUUGUGAUUUUGCCCCUUACAUUGGUUGGAACAGUAUUAGGACGAAACCUGGCGGGACAGCCCAACUACCCAUGUCGCAUCAAUGCUGUUCCACGACCUAUUCCUGAAAAGAAGUGGUUCAUGGAGCCCCUUGUCAUCAUCCCUCUUGGUGGGAUUCUUCCUUUUGGCUCCAUUUUUAUUGAAAUGUAUUUCAUCUUUACCUCUUUUUGGGCAUACAAGAUCUACUACGUGUAUGGCUUCAUGUUGCUGGUGUUCCUGAUCCUGUUAGUGGUUGUGAUGUGUGUGACCAUUGUGUGUGCAUAUUUCUUACUAAAUGCUGAGGACUACAGAUGGCAGUGGACUAGUUUCCUAGCUGCAGCUUCCACCUCUGUUUAUGUCUAUGUUUAUGCCACGUACUACUUUUUCUUCAAAACUAAGAUGUAUGGGUUUUUCCAGACAAGCUUCUACUUUGGUUAUAUGGCUCUCUUCAGUGCGACUCUGGGCAUCAUGUGUGGCACUAUUGGCUAUGUUGGCACCAGCAAGUUUGUCCGUAAAAUUUACUCUACUGUCAAGAUUGAUUAAAUGUCUUGUUAUAUAUUGGUAUUGUUUAAGGACAAAUCAUAUUGACAGAUUACCAAAAUCUCCAUAUAAACCGGUAAAAAAAAUGUACUUGGGCCAAAAGUAAAAGUAGGUUAAAACAGUAUCAACACACGAGUGCCAGUGUGGUGCACUGGACAAGUUAAUGAAGGUUUAUCUUGGUGUUCUAGACUCGGUACUAAAUGAAUAAGCUAGACAGCUACAUUUAAACGUUUGUCAACCUGUGAUAAAACAAAGCUUUUUAUGAUUUUUGGGGGGCUUUUAUUGCUAUACCAAGCAAUGUUUUUAAAAUACAGUAUUGUACAUAUCAUUAUUGCUACAGCGUUUGACGAGUUUGAUUUUUACUAUCGUUAUGAUUUUCAAUCGACAUUUUUUAUUAAUAUUUUUUAUUGCCUUCAGUAUCAGUAUAGUUUUUCUUCCUUUACUAGGCUCCUUUUGGCUUUAUAUAUUCUUAUAGAUUUAGUAAUAACAGAAGUAGCACAUCUUCAAUUAGUAUGAAACUAAUUGUGUGCUACAAUGCCUAAUCUGUGAAUAAUAGUCUGUUGGGAGUUAAGAUCUUAGUAAAGCAAAAGUGAAGGAAGUGUUUGGGCAGUGUGUCAUUGUUCAUUUUCCACGGUGAAAGAGAGAACAUUGAAGGUCAGUGAUGAUAUGUGACUAAAAUUGUAAAUAUAUUUGGAGUUAGAUUGUCAUUUCUUUAUAUUUUGUAAUUGUUCUGCCUCGGAUUACACUGUGCUCUACAUCACAGCCAUAAAUUAUUGUACUUACUUAAUCCUAGGAUGUGGAAAGCAGUGUUCAUGUGAUCCAUAACUGCAGUAUUUUAUGCAAAGGGUUUGAUAAUUAUCAUAACGUUUGUUUAAACUUGGUUAUGUGCUGGUAUCCAGUAAUUUGUAUUUUUUUUUUUUUUUGUAGACUGAGUUUUUCACACACAAGAUGUCUGUGCAGAUUUAAGCCAAAGGAAUAUUAUUAUGCUGUACAUUCAUUAUCUAUCAUCAUCAUUUUCUACUAUAAAACAGUUACUUGAGUGAUUAAUUGUAUUUCAAAUGACUAAAAUAUCAGGAUGUAUCACAUUCAAGAAAGCCAAAAUGAGGUACAGGUAUCUUUAGGUACAAAAUGAGGUACCUUUAAAUUAGCUAUACAUUAACCAGAACUGUCUCAGAAGUGAGAGGUAAAAACUUGUUUAUAUUAAACAUAGAAAAAGUCAUUACAGUAUCAAAAAAUAAAUAUAUAUAUAUAUUAGACAAAGUUGGCAUUGGUAAAUUUUAGCAAAUAGGUAAUGCCUAAAGCAUUCCAUUUUAUUAAAGAAUCUCAUGAAAUGCAUGUUGGGAUAUUUGGGAACCCAUAUUAUAGUAUAGCGGUCAGUUCUGAUGGUUUCCUCGAACCUAUUGAAGCCAUUGCCUGGUAGUCUUGAGGGAAUUUACAAUAUGAUGGUUUGAAUUUUGAUAAAGCACCAGAAUGUUUUAUGCUGUAGUCAAUAGUGUCCAAAUUCUGGAUGCGUUAAAUGUGUGGACAGGUUGUGUAAAGUGUGCAUACUUUUCUACUAUACACUUAAAAAAGAAGGUUCCAUGUUUAGUGUUUUUUUUUCUUUUUGGUUUCUUCCCGGUUUGGUGCCUUCUUUUAAUAAUUGCAUACUUACUUACUUCCUUUUGGUUUAUAGCCUGGUGGUUUGAGCUGAACAUGGUCUAAAUUGUAAUUUGGACCAAUAAAACAGAGUAAACAUUUUUGUUUGAACUAAAUAACUUAAGUUUUCCACACUUAGACACGGUACAGUAUAUUUAUAAAUCAAAUUCACUUUUGAUCAUUACAUAUUGAAAUACAAGUCCUUUGGCUUAGGUAUAGUAAUUACUUUACUCUUUAAUUCUGCAGAGUACAUGGCAUGAAUGCUCAUUAAUUCAAGAUAGGUUUGAUUAUAAAAGCACGAGAGACUCUUGUACUCGUUCAGGCACCAAAAUAUGUAAGAAUUGUUCUUGUCUUAAUUUGUGUGUAGUAUGUAAUGAACACUUUACAGGCUAAGUAUGAUAUGCCAGCUGUAGCCUUUAUUAACACAUGCAAGAAUAAUUGUCAUUAUAAACUUUCAAAAGUUAAAUAAUUUGGUUCUCAUAAAUAUAAUCCAAGUACUAAUUAGAAGUGUUGCUUUGUUUAGACUAAAUUGUUUGCCAUUUUACAGUUUUAAUAUAAUUGGAUCAAAGUAAAACUUAAAUUCUAAUUUAUAAGUACAUUUUGUAAUAAUAACCGAAAUAUGAUCCAUGUUUUUAUUAGUUUGUAUGCAUAAAAUAGCUCUAGUAGAACUUGCUUGUGCAGGUGCAAUAAUUUAAUUCAUAGCGAGAAUUUGUUUAUAUGAACUUGCAAAUAUUUUCAUUAAAAAAUCAUUAAAAAUAUCAAACAUUACUGUGAAAAUAACUUACUAUUAGGUUACGAAAGUGACCAUUAUUGCUGUAAUUUGUAUGACGUUAGCACUGCUUAAUUUCUGGAUUGAGAAAUUAGUUGGCCUAGACUUCACUAACCCCGUACAGUUUAUAUGAGUUUGUUACCGAUUGGCAGAAGCUUAAUUGAAGCCGUGUUUUUCAUUUGGUCGAAAGUCAUCCUAUUUGGGCUGAUUUAGGACAAUUUUUUUCAAGAUCUUGACAAAUGUUGUCCAUGACUAAAAUACGAGUGCAUACAGGAGCUGUGACAAAUUUGGGGAUCCUGUUGUAUCAACUAAAGAUAUUUUUGUUUGCUCUCCGAGUGCCACUAUUAUAUAUAUCCAGUUAUAUGGGUUUCCAUGUAGUGUUCACUGCUUGCUGCAGGACUAUUCAUUGACUUGACAUUUUGUGGAUUUUAUACCUGCAUGUAUUUGCUUUGGUAUGUUUAGUUUUAUACUAAAUAUCAGUUUACAGAAGGAAAUCCACAUAUAAAAAUGAAUUUUUAUACUUGGUUUUGGCUCUUUAACUAUAUUUGUAAAUGACUAUAUUAAUUAUUUGCAAGUACAGUAGUACUAUAUAUAUUCUUCUGGUUAUAAUUUAAGCUAUAAAUGAUGCCAUUCAUGCUUAACAGGAUGUACAGAGAAAAUGACUUGAUUUUCACAGUGAUUCUAAUCUUGAGCUGGUAAUAGAAAUGAGUAAAUAUAAAUCUAGUUUUGUCAUUGAAGAGGGUACACAAAGGGUUUGGAGAUAAUUUUGUAUUUAAUGUGGCCCUUGGUUAAAGUGUUUAUAAUUACAUUAUUUAAAUAUAAACACUGUGUGUGUGUGUGUGUGUCUUGUGUGUUUGCUAUAAAACUAAGUGGAGGCUGAUCGUGGAAGGUUUGGUCUCUAUUCUCGAUUUUGAAAUUUCAUGUGAUUACAAUUCUGGGUGAAAGGCGCUAUUUAAUACUUCCCUUUUAUAUAUUUCUUGUUAAUAAUUGACCAUCUCAUUUUUCUGAGUGAAAGUUUGCAAAAAUAGGAAUGGGGUAUGCACAGGCAUUAGUAAAGGGAUUAUGCCCAUUGUGUUUACUUACAAUGUGACUAUUUUGGCUAACUUUAAGUUUGCAAGUAAAAUUUGAAUUCACAUUUAUAAUUUAAGAGUGUGUUUUGGAUGUAAUGCACUCUUCAUAUAUUACACAUCUAUUUAUUUAUAUUAGUUUAAUAUAUCAGCACAAAUACUUUCUGCAUUCCCAAGACAAAAACAUUAUUUUCUCCAGACUUGUAAAUACUGUACAAGCAACCAUCAUUCAUAUUUAGGAUGCUUUUGCUUAGAAAUAAAUUAUAGGAUUCUUGACAGCAAGAGCUGGUAUGAGAGAGGUUAUAGACAAAUUAUAACGAUACACAAUGCAGUGCUAUAUUUAAUACUGAUGUAGAGUACACUGAAGUUAGGUUUUCAACCUGAUUCUUUAUACAGUAUUUGUGGUAACUAAUAUAGGCCAUACUGAUUAAAUUAAAAUCUUCCUCAUAAGAUCGGGUAGAGUAGAAUCCAAUGUGGUGCUGUUUCAGCCAUUAACAAGUACAGUAUGGGUCAAGAAUUAGUGUGACCCCUGACACAAAACCUGAAAAGCUGUAGGAUUAAAUACAGGAUAUAAUACAGGUUUUGAUAUAGGAUGUAUAUAUGCACAGUUAUGUAAUUUUGCAUAUUAAAGAAUCCUAUAUAUUUCAGAAAGUAACAAGUCUUAUUCACUUUCAUAUUUUGAUGAAAACUGUAUUUUGUUUCCAUUGAAUAUCUUGUGUAUACAGCUGGCUUGUUGGUAAAAUCAAAGUAACAUUUAAGAAAUCCUCAAUAGUAACAAGUCAAGCUGCUUAUGUGCAAAUUUAGCUAAGCACUUAUUCGUAGGAGUCCAUCAGUUGUGCUGAAUAAAUCAUUCCAAUAUUUUGUUAUUUUAAAUCCCAAUAUCUAUUGCUUUGUGAUUGGACAUGGGGGUGUUUGUUUACCUUAAAGGGGUUAUUCAUUAUUAAAUAUUUAUUGUUUUUGAUCUGGAAUAAUUUUGCAGUGAUCAUCAUUGCUCAUAAUACAAUUCUCAUUUCUCCUACAGUAAAUACAUCCAAUUUGAUUGUU